AUGUCUCGUUGCCCAUCAAUAUACUGGCUUAGUUGGUAUCAAAAAAGAUGUCUCGUUGCCCAUCAAUAUACUGGCUUAGUUAUAAUUGAUAAGAUAGUAUUGUUUAGAUGCCCAGUUGUAGAUAUGUCAAGAAUUAAAGUGGUCCAAGAGAAUAUUUUAAUUCUUAAUAUAGUUUAUGAUCUCUUGUUUUUGUUAAAUUUGAUGCCAUAUAAGGUCUUGGAAUUUAGAGGAUAUAACUGA